UUACCGCGCGAUGGGAAAACAAAUGUUUAAUAUUGUUAAAUCGUAAUUCGUAACAAUUAACAUGGAUUCGUAUGAUGAAAUGUACGAAAUCAAAAAUGGCCGGGAAAUUGACGAUAGUCCACCACCAGAUUUGGACGUAUCAAGUUCGUUAAAGUUUGUGCAUGAAAAACAGUUAAGCGAAGAACAGAAGUCGGUAAAGGACGAAAUUGAACAACACAGCAAGAUUGAUGAGGGUGUACAAAAGCCUGCAAAAGUAAAAGACAUUUUCGUCAAAAGGAACAGUCUUCAAAAGCAUGAAUCACUAACAGACAGCAGUGGUAGCUUGUCUGAGGAUGAGAAGGAAAUUCCGAAAAGUUCUAUAGAAGAAAAGGAGUUUAAUCCAAAGUUCUACGAUAACAUUGAGGCGCCGAACGAGUUGAAGGAUAUCUUUCAGUAUAUAACUCGAUUUUCUCCGCAGCGGGUCAACAUCGACUACAAGCUGAAAAUAUUCGUACCCGAUUUCAUUCCGUCCGUCGGGGAUAUCGAUGCGUUUUUAAAAAUUUGUUCACCUCCUUUCCUAAAUGAAGAAAAACAGAAGAUUCUUACGAAGCACAUAAAGUCACUUGGCUUGGAGACAUUGGACGAACCAUGUGGCGAACAAAGCGACCGGGUACUGCUUCAGAUGAAAAUGAGAUCGAUUUUCACCAAACCACUGGAGACACCGUCCGCUAUUGCUAAAAAUCCGAGAGAUAUCGACCGCUGGAUCACGGAGAUACAGCUACUGAAGGCAAAUCAAUCGGUGCAGAACAUAAACGCGCUGAAAUCGACGGUCAACAUUGACAAUCUUAUGUCCGAGUGGCCCGAGGAGGUCGAACGAAUGCUGGACACCGUUGGUUUCCCCUCGGCAGAUUUGGAUUGUUCCUUAGCCCAGUAUAUUGAAAUAAUUUGCAACAUUUUUGAUAUUCCGGUGCAGCAAGGCAGCGACCAGGCGGGCUAUAUUCAGGCGCUGUAUCAUUUGUUUAAUCUCUAUUUAGCCGUUAAGCAGCAAGACAAUGCUUAG